AUGUCGGCUAAACAUUACAUAUAUGCCUAUCUGCAAAUUCAUCAAAGGUAUCUCAAAUCUGUUUUGGGCAAAAUAUUUUUCUGUCAAGUAACGGCAGAGGAAAUUCACAAUUCUGUUACGACAGUAUGGCAAUGGCAAUGCAUUCUCAGUAUGUAAUGGUAAUGGAGGAGGAGAGUAGUGUGGAGAAGGUCACAAGAGACGGAUCUCUGGUUUGUGUUAUUGUCCGUCAUUUGACGUCUGCCUUCGAUCGUCAUGCCGCCUCUCUCGUCUGCAAGCUGUGGAACGAUGCUGUAACGUGGGAGACGGCACUUCUUUCCGUCAGAUCACGUACGCUGUUUCAUCUGUUUCCUAAAAGAUUUUCUCACGUCAAGACCUUAAGUUUCCUUCACUGUUUCGAUCAGGUAGAGAACGGAGAUCUUCUUUUGGCGGCCUCAUUUUUCCGUCGGUUGCAGCAUCUGGUGAUCGGGCACCCGGAGAGCCAGCAGCAAAAGAUAACAGAUGACGGAAUUUCGGAUUCCGUUAGGAAUUUUCAAAAUCUCCGUCAAUUGACCUUCUGUUGCCUCUCGAAUCUGACAGACGCCGGCUUUCUCGCGAUCAUCCAGAAUUGCCGUCAGCUGACGUCCCUGAGUCUUACGAAUUGCAGAAAUUUGACGGACGAGGCCCUCGAUGCACUCUCAAACUGUAAGUUUCUUCAAGAACUGCUAUUGAGGGGAGUUUUUAUGUUCACAUCAUAUGGUCUGUCAAAAAUUGGGGAAAAUUGUAAGGGCUUGCUGACAGUAGGAUUAGAGUUCGAUUCCCUGGACAUUAGCCUGGCAUUAAAAUCAAUUGCCGUCAAUUGCCAGAAAAUUGAAACCUUAAAUUUAAAAUUCUGGAAUGGCAACUUGAGUGAAUUGUCGCGGCUUUGUUCUUUAAUCUGUUUACAUAUAGAGGCGGAUAACAGAAACAAUGUUGACGAUGCAAUAAUUAAUAUUUCCGCAUCAAACAGAAAUUUGAAAGAAUUUACUUAUUUCAACCGGUCAGCACCCUUAGGGGAGGCUGCCACUGUGGCCGUUUUAAAUAAUUGCAAAAACCUAGAAAGAUUCUGUAUAGAAGCUUCCAAUCUGAGUGAUGCGGCUGUAUUAUGUCUGCUACAUUGUAAAAAAUUGAAUUCCGUUAUCCUUAACCAGUUCUAUAGGGAAGGGAAAUCUUUUGCUGAGUUGGGCCAGUCUGGUGUGUUGAAAUUGAAGGAGAUUUCUGUAGCGUUUGGCCGCGGUAUUUGGGAAGGAAACUUGGAAACCCUAAUCAGGGCAAAUAAAUGGUUAGAGAAAAUUAAUUUGCAGCGUUGUUUGGACCUCUCGCCUAUAGUCUUCAGGGCAAUCGCUGCCUGUAAAAACUUGCAGCAUCUGGAUCUAGGUUUCACAGAUGUCGAUGAUGCCAGCUUAGCUGCCAUAGCAAAUAGUGCGAAUUUUCUUCGUCACUUGAGCCUGGUGAAAUGUGAGUCUGUUAGUGAUAUGAAGGUUUUGUCAAAUUUCAAGGCUCUGGAGUACCUGAAUCUUGAUCAGUGUCUUUUUGUCAAUGAUGAGGGACUUGAUUUUCUGGCGGUAGGUUGUAGCCGGUUGUCCGAUUUGAGCUUGGCAUCGACAGGAAUUACAGACACUGGUGUAUCUUACCUUGCAAGUUGUAACCUGUUAAGGUCAUUGAAGAUUCCCUACUGCAGAGGGGUUCGAGGCCCUGGUCUGGUUGCAAUUUCAAAGUCCUGUUGUUGGUUGCGGUACUUGGUCAUAAGUCACCGCUUACGACACAGUGAAGCAUUGGUGGAAUUGAAGAAACACUGUUGCAUGGUGCGGCUAGACAUUGAUGACUUGUCAUUAGUCCCUUUCGGGUUCAACGUUUUUAGAUAAUUUGUAGGAGCAGUUCGAUGCCGUAAACUACAUUAUGUCUGCAACGUCUGCAUUGGCAUGGGUUAAGAAUUAAUCUCAUCAUCUAGCUUAAUGAAACUGUAUCUAUGUACAUGUUGUAUAGUGCUAAAUUUUAUAGGAUAAAAUACUAAGUCUAUGCAUGUAAUCUGCUAUCAACUUAUUAAGCUUGUUCGUGUUGCAUUAUUUUGCA